AUGCUGCACACCGAGGGCCACGCUCUUCUUCGGGCCGUGGGUCAGGGUAAGCUACGCUUGGCCCGUUUGCUUCUGGAGGGAGGCGCCUACGUGAAUGAGGGUGAUGCCCAGGGUGAGACUGCGCUAAUGGCGGCCUGUCGGGCCCGUUACGACGACCCCCAGAACAAGGCACGCAUGGUACGCUACCUCCUGGAGCAAGGCGCUGACCCCAACAUCGCAGACCGCCUGGGGCGCACCGCGCUCAUGCACGCUUGCGCCGGGGGUGGGGGCGCCGCCGUGGCUUCGCUGCUCCUUGCCCACGGUGCAGACCCCUCAGUGCGAGAUCACGCGGGCGCCUCGGCGCUUGUCCACGCCCUGGACCGCGGGGACCGUGAGACCCUUGCCACGCUGCUGGACGCCUGUAAGGCCAAGGGCACGGAGGUCAUCAUCAUCACCACCGACACCUCUCCCUCGGGAACCAAGAAGACACGGCAGUAUCUCAAUUCCCCACCGUCCCCGGGGGUGGAGGACCCGGCUCCCGCUCCUCCUAGCCCGGGGGUCUGCACUUCGCCUUCGGAAAUCCAACUGCAGGCUGCAGGAGGAGGAGGAGGAGGUGGAGGAGGAGGAGGAGGAGGAGGAGGAGGAGGAGGAGGAGGAGGACGGGGGUUGCUGUCCCCUCGCGCUCAGGAAGAAGAGGAGAAGCGGGACGUAUUCGAAUUCCCUCUUCCUAAACCCCCCGAUGACCCCUCCCCUUCUGAGCCGCUCCCCAAACCACCCCGUCACCCUCCAAAACCACUCAAAAGGCUCAACUCCGAGCCCUGGGGCCUAGUGGCCCCUCCUCAACCUGUCCCGCCCGCGGAAGGGAGGCCGGGGAUCGAGCGCCUGACCGCCGAAUUCAACGGCCUGACCCUGACCGGUCGACCCCGUCUUUCCAGACGUCACAGCACUGAAGGCCCGGAGGACCCGCCUCCGUGGGCGGAGAAAGUGACGGGUGGGGGUCCUCUCUCUCGCCGAAACACUGCGCCAGAAGCUCAGGAGUCCGGUCCCCCUGCGGGGCUGAGGCAGAAACUGAGCCGCAUGGAGCCGGUGGAGCUCGAUACUCCCGGGAAUAUUUGCCCCGACUCGCCGGAGUGCAGCCGCUUGUCCCUGGAGCGCCGCCGAUACAGCGCCUCCCCGCUGACCCUCCCUCCAGCCGGCUCGGCGCCCUCGCCGCGCCAGUCCCAGGAGAGUCUGCCUGGGGCCGUCUCUCCCCUGAGCGGACGGAGGCGGAGUCCCGGGCUGCUGGAGCGGAGGGGCUCGGGGACGUUGCUCCUGGACCACAUCGCGCAAACGCGGCCUGGUUUCCUGCCUCCGCUCAACGUCAGCCCCCACCCUCCCAUCCCCGACAUUCGCCCCCAACCCGGAGGUCGGGCGCCUUCGCUGCCCGCCCCUCCCCAGGCGGGGGCGCCAGGCUCUCCUAGGACCAAGCGCAAGUUGGUGAGGCGCCACUCGAUGCAGACUGAGCAGAUCCGCCUGCUAGGGGGCUUCCAGAGUCUAGGCGGGCCAGGGGAGCCAGGGCGCUGA